AUGGUCGUCUUAGCUGACUGGCGCAACUCAUCCGGCAUCGUAUCCAUAACUCUAUACCAUCCCGCUGACAUGUCGAAUACCAGCCCACCCACGAAUCGCUCUCCGACAAAACGACAUAUGCAUAAUUACUCUCUACCAUCGCCUAGUGCCUUGUGCACUAUUCCACGCCCUCCUGCUAGAUGCCAGUCUUCAUCAACCUUGACUGACUUUCGACAGGCAGUUUAUAUGCCUGAGGCUAAAAAGACUGUGAACCAGCAGGGCAGUCUGGUGGCGACCUCGGCUCCACCUCCGAGUCCUGCGAAAUUACGGACAACUGCAUCUGAUCCUUCCUUGCUGGACAGGAUCGGUUACAAUGACAAAUCACCAACUUCGCGGUAUUCUGGAUCAAACGUAUAUGUUGCGAGACAUGGUCGUUCGUUUUCUUCCUCCGCCAAUCUGGUGCUGGCUCCUUCAAAAUCUAUUUCAUUGUCCCGCAUUCCUUCCAAGAAGUCCACUUCAAAAAGGUUGUCUGAACUCCCUAUCACGGCUCUGCCAAUUCCUCUGCCUACGCCACCCGAAGAAGGACCCGAAGUUGUCUGGAAUAUCGAUCCUUUUGCUUCAACUCCUCGCGUAAUAGAAUCUCUCCCGCGAUCACAAUGGUCACCACUUUCUUCAAUUUCGUCCCUGGAGGAUUACCCACCUCCAAAGAAACUAAAAGGCUUCCUCGGCUUGCGCAGCAAUCACAAGAGUCAACCUAUAAAACACACAAAUACCCAGCGAGGGGAAGGCCUUGUUAUGAUGGGCAGCAAUGAUUUCCUGCCAACAGAAGACAUCUCAUCUACCCGGAGCUCAUCAGAAUGGCUUCUGUCAAGCCGCACACCUGUUCCCAAUAUUUCCAGCAAUUCCAAGGAUGUAACUGUAACAAGGCGUGUGGACGCUCAUGCCCAAGAUGUUGGCAAUGCUCUCAUCGAAACGAAAUCAACGCCUAUAUCAGUCGGGGUGUCAACUACAGCUCGCAGAACAGUCGACGGGAGUGUCGCUGACGGCGAGCUCUCAAUCAGGCAGUACCAUGCCCCUCCAACCCCGCCUCUGCUUUCUACCAGGACGGGACCACCUCCUCAGGCAUCGUCCAGAGUCGUUCAUUCCAGCUUUCAGACCAAGCCGCCUUCAGAUCAUUUGGCUUUCGCGUCAAUUCCAUUCAACAAGAAAUCACCACUCGUUUCGUCUCCUCGAAUGGCCAACACUAGCGGCCUUCCCCCUCCCCUGCUCCCUCCGCGAUCGACACGCCGGCCUCCGCCAGUGAAAAUCUCGACUUGGGUGCCAGAAAGAACUGAAACAACGCCAGACGAUCUAAACUUGAUAUUGGACAACUUGUCUAUGAUGUCUCCCAUAAUUUCGCCACUCCCGACACCCCCAUAUACCCCCAGUUCUUUCGGUACAUCUAGCGAGAAAUCAACGAUCCAUUCGCGGUCCUUAUCCACCGCUUCUUCACUCCUUAUAUCACCUAUGCCAACCCCUCCUUCUCUUUCCCCUUCGUCAUCCACCCCACCAUUCACACCAGCUCUGGAUAUUUUAGUCCUGGAUUCCAAGAUCGAACACGUCAUGGAAAGCCACUACGUGAAAGCUUCGUCGGAGACUCUCACUAGUGAAGCCCACUCGCCAAGUCAUUCCAAAGACCGGAAUUCGUUAUAUCAAGCCGAGUUUGCAUGGCAGGAAGAGCCACGUUCUCCGCCGUCUCGUCUUUCAUUCCAUGCUGGCGACGGUGUUGCAAACGACACAGAAGACGAGGAUGAAGAAGUGAAAUCCAUUUAUUCGAUCUAUUCUCAUUUUUCGUCGACGUACUCUUUUCGCAGUCGGACCCCAAGUGCCAGGCGAAAACGGGCCCCGCCUGUUCGCAGGAAUAACUCGAAAUUAGAGAGGCAUUCGAUGGCCACCAGCGUGGUAUCUGUCUAUUCGCAAGCCUCUUAUGCACCAGAGGAUAGGACCGAGUUACCCCCAGUACCCGUUGUGCCCUUGGUCUUGAAGGUAGACAAAGCACCGAGCGAGGAAGUUGCUCCCAAUGGCACAUCCUUCCCGCGUGCCAAAACAUCAAUGCUUUACACGGACGAUUGGCGUGCUCUACUCGCCGCGCGAAAGCUCGGGAGAAAACCUUCAAACAUUUCCAACAACACAUCAAACAUGUCCAUGGUGGAUGUUGUUCUUCCCAUAACCUCGCCGACCCCACAUAUCGACAAGGUCCCGUCCUCGGCCCUUGCUCCUAACCGUCGCCAACGAAGUAUCACUGCUCAUAGUGAUCCUCCCACCGAGACACCUAGCGUGGCUGUUUCUAAACACGGAAAGGGUCUGGGAGGCAUGCUCAGCCGUGUCAGCGGGCUGAAGCAGCGGUUGUCCUCUCUCACGUUGUACCGAGCCCCCUCAAUCAGCGCGCUGUCUAGCUCAGGUCAUCCUUACUCCAGUUCUUGCUUGAACAUUGACACUGCAGACCCCAAUGUCAUCUCCAUCACUCGCAACUCAUUUCUUUUACCUGGUAGACCGUGA